AAAAAAUUUACGCCCAACCGCGGUCGUUCCGCGUGGCGAGCGGGCAGGGUCUCCUGUGUCGAUUGCAACAGCGGUGCAACUUUUAACCCCUAAAACCCUAAAACCCUAAAACCCUAAAACCCUAAAGCGUAAGCGAUUCUUGGCGUUUCGUCUUCCUCGUUUGCGACAUGGAUUUGGGUCAGAUCGACUACGAUCGUCUCCUCUUCUACCAGCAGGCUCGCAUGGAAGCCGAGGCUGCUUACGCGAAGAAUCCCCUCGACGCCGAGAAUCUCACCACGUGGGGCAAAGCACUGCUUGAUCUGUCGCAAUUCCAGAUCCCCUCCGAGUCACUGAAACUAGUGAAAGACGCUGCUUCAAAGAUGGAGGAGGCCCUGCAGAUUGAUCCCAGGAAACAUGACACCCUCUGGUGUUUGGGCAAUGCGCACACUUCCCAUGCAUUUUCCCUUAAUGACCACGAUGCUGCAAAGGCAUAUUUCGGGAAGGCAACGCAGUGCUUUCAGCAGGCACUGGAGGAGGAUCCAGGCAAUGAGAUCUACAUGAAGUCACUAGAAUUCUCGUUUAAGGGACCUGAAUUGCACAUGGAGAUUCAACGGCAGAUGGCUAAUCAACCAGAUGCAAGUAGGCGCUCCUCAACCUCAAAUACAAAGGUGUCAAAAAAGAAGAAAAAAAGCGAUCUUAAAUAUGACAUACUUGGUUGGGUAAUUCUCGCUAUAGGGAUCGUCACAUGGGUCGGUAUGGCAAAAAGUCAUAUACCUCCACCACCUAGGUGAAAAUAUGCUUUCCUGUCCUUGUCAUCGUACAAUUCUCAGUGGCACCUAAGUUUCACAAAUGUGGCCCAUCUUCGGUGUAAAAACUUGUGGAAGUUUUCUUAUAUGAAAAUUAACGG